UCUUCUUUGUGAAGAAGGAUGGUUCGCUUCAUCCUUGCAUUGAUUACAGAGGUCUGAAUGCCAUAACGGUUAAGAAUCGCUAUCCGUUACCCCUUAUGGCUUCAGCCUUUGAACUCUUGCCGGAAGCGAAGUUCUUCACAAAGUUGUAUCUUCGCAAUGCUUACCACCUGGUCCGGAUUAGAGAGGGGGAUGAAUGGAAAACAGCCUUUAACACCCCCACCAGGCAUUUUGAGUAUUUAGUCCUUCCCUUUGGGCUAUCUAAUGCUCCGGCUGUUUUCCAGGCACUUGUUAACGAUGUUCUUCGUGACAUGAUUGACAGAUUCGUCUUUGUGUAUCUGGAUGAUAUCCUCAUAUUCUCUUCUUCCCUCCAGAUGCACGUCCGUCUUGUCAAACAAGUGCUCCAACGUUGUUUGAGAACCAGCUGUACAUCAAGGUGGAGAAGUGCGAGUUCCAUGCCCGGUCGGUUUCGUUCUUGGGUCACUUCUUCUCGGAGAGAGGAGUUCGCAUGGAUCCUGCGAAGGUCAGGGCCGUUUCCGACUGGCCGACACCUGUCUCCCGGAAAGUGGUCCAACAGUUCCUGGGUUUCACCAAUUUUUAUCGGCGAUUCAUCAGGAACUUUGGGCAGGUGGCGGCAUUGACCUCCACUAGGAACAGAUUUGAGUGGUCAGCGGCGGCUCAGGCUGCGUUUGACGAACUUAAGAACAGGUUUGUCACCGCACCGAUUCUGGUCACCCCUGAUCCCACUCGUCAGUUCGUGGUGGAGGUUGAUGCCUCGGAGGUUGGGGUUGGAGCAGUCCUCUCCCAGAGUGAAACUACGAUGUCGGCAAUCGGGAGUUGUUGGCAGUGCGGUUGGCUCUGGGAGAGUGGCGUCACUGGCUGGAGGGCGCUACCGUUCCCUUCAUUGUGUGGACCGACCAUAGGAACCUGGAAUACAUUCGGUCUGCGAAACGACUGAAUGCCAGGCAGGCUCGUUGGGCACUAUUCUUUGGGCAUUUCGACUUUAGCUUGUCUUACCGGCCAGGCUCCAAAAAUGGUAAACCCGACACGCUGUCUCGAUGCUUCACCCCAGCAGGUGAUCCGCCCGCUCCUCCUGACACUAUCCUCCCUGAGGAUCGGGUGGUGGGGGCGAUUACUUGGGGAAUCGAGCAGCGCGUUAAGCGAGCUUUGGUCGAGACGCCCCGAGAAUGUCCCUCGGGUCUGCUCUUCGUUCCUGGGUCGGCCUGCACAGCGGUCCUUCGGUGGGGCCACUCUUCCAUGCUUACCUGCCAUCCAGGUGUCGGGAGAUCGCUGGCCGCCAUCCGCCAGCGGUUUUGGUGGCCAGCCAUGAAGGAAGACAUUCACCGGUUCGUGGGGGCGUGUCCGGUCUGCGCGCAAAAUACGUCUUCCAAUGCGCCUCCCGUUGGUUUGUUACGUCCGCUACCUGUCCCCUCCCGCCCUUGGACUCAUAUUGCCCUGGACUUCGUGGUCGGUCUCCUGCCGUCCGGUGGCAAUACGGUGGUCUCAACCGUGGUGGACCGCUUCUCUAAAGCGGCCUAUUUCAUCGGCCUCCCCAAACUCCCUUCGGCCAAAGAGACGGCCCAGGUUUUGGUGGACCAGGUCCUCCGUAUCCACGGUCUUCCAGAGGAGGUGGUUUCGGACAGGGGUCCCCAAUUUGUCUCCCAAUUUUGGAGGGAAUUCUGUCGACAGAUUGGUGCGUCCACCCUCUGUGUUGGUCCCCUCUGUCCAAGCCUUCAUCCAUCGCUGUCGACGCACCUGGAAAAGGGCCAGGGAAGCGCUAGUCCGGUCCCGGCAUCACACCAAGCGCACCGCCGACCGUCACCGCCAGCGGGCCCCUAGUCUAGUUUUCGUGCGUGUCUUGUGGCUGAAGUUGGUUCCUGAGACGGAUUUACUAUUCUGGACCCGACCCGCCUUUCUACCCUCACCUCUGCCUGGGAUUACGAGUGUGCCUUCCCCCUCCGGCUUCGGUUCGCGCCUCGAUUGACCCUCACCCGGCUGACUACUCUCUGGA